UUCUAGUCCUCAGAUUUCUGCCACUCAUCGUUUGCACAAAGUCUCAGAGAAAAGAAAUCCUCUUUUGAUCAUCGUGACAAAAAAACAAACCCAAACAAAAGCAAGAUGGCCGAUGUAUUUUUCAUAAAUUUGUCGGAAACAACGACGUCAAAUAUUAUGGAGGUCUGCACGUGAAAAGAGAACUCGCAUAGACUUAACAGGAUCUCUUCAAAGAGUCAAAGAGAAUCCUUCCCAGACUUUGAGAAAACGUCAAGCAAAAAACCCAAAACACAACAACAACAACAACAACAACAACAACAACAACAACAACAACAACAACAACAACAACAACAACAACAACAACAAUAACAACAGCAACUGGCCAAAAUGCUUCGUCAACUUGUGGGAAACCCCGGAAAAAUCCAGCAACAAGAACUCGACUCACAGACCGCCGCCUCAACAUCCGGGGAGACGUCACUGGCUAUCAAAGAUGGCGGCCAGAGGGGCAGAAGUCCCAGCAUGAGUCUCAAUCUCCACGGCAACGCUUCGCCCCGCCCCUCCAUCUCCCAACAGCCCCGCCCCUCCAUCGUGCCGACGCGAGGGCCGUCUCUGAUUGGUCUGCUGGCCACCAAACGUUUUGUCAAGCAGCUCGGGACGCGCGUGGCUCGCCGGCGGUACGGCAGUUUCCUCGGCGGCUCGUCCAGGCUUUCCCACAGCAGCAACAUCCAGAAGGAGCCUUCCUACCGCAUGACCCCGCACAGGAAGUUUGACUGCAAAAAGGUAGAGGAAUGUAUCAGAGAGGUCCUGGAAGAGAAACUGGAAAACUUCCCUUACAACCCGAAGUUCUGCGCCAACAUGUGCAAAGUUCUCAGCGACGAGAUAAAGUCAGAGGUCAAGGCCAUGAACUUUGACCGCUACAAGAUCGUGUGCACGGUUCAGAUUGGUCAGCGGCGAGACCAGGGGAUCUACGUCACCAGUUUGUGUGCGUGGGACGAGAAAUUGGACAACUUCGCGUCAUACACGUUCAAAAACGACAAGAUCUUCUGCACAGCGCUCGUGUUUGGGAUCUACAACGAGUAGACUGUGGGGUUGGUGGGGAAAAUAAACCUGGACCUCCCAUAAGACGUUUAUCUGUUUAAGACAACCACUUUUCUCCUAGAGAGUUAAUGGUGGCUGUCUAAGAUGAUUUCGGCGGUACUUGAUCUUGAGGGCAACAUUCGGGGUCACUGUUGGGGUCGGGGUGUGGGGGGG